CUUUGAAAGUUUGACUGGGGGAAUUGGGGUGAGAAUGAAAACAGUGCCGCUGCUGUUGGGAAAAAAGGGAGAAAGAAAAAACGUUAUAAAAGGACUUGAACCUGGGAUUUGUUCGUAGACAAAUGGUCUUCGUUUAAAAUGAACAUUGAAGAAUUUUGGUGGACAUAAUUGAGUUUAAUUGCGUACAAUCUAUCAAUGUCAGCGAUUAAAAGGAUAAUAUAUGCAAUCGAUUUGGAUUUUUUGAGUGUAGCUUCGAUUAGUUCUUCAACCUUCUCAGUCAUGCAGUUAGAAUUACGAACAUUGAUGUUUGGAAUUGUAACAGUGCUGGUAUUAUUUUUGAUCAUUGCUGAUAUUGCUGAAGUCGAGAAAGAAAUUGCAAAUCUUGGAGGUUCCAGAGAAUUGUACUUGCACAGCCUCAUUCCCAAGCCAAACAGAAAUGUAGCAAUGAAGGUCAAUCCUAAACCUUUAGUCAGUGAAGGGGAGGACAAGAGACCUGCUUCUCCUUCAUACUUGAAUAAUACCACCAAGCUCUCUACAGAUAACUGGACGUUCAACAGGACCCUCUCCAAUCUCAUCAGGAAGAACAUCCUGAGGUUCUUUGACCCAGAGAGGGACAUCUCUAUUCUGAAGGGCACAUUGAAACCUGGCGAUAUCAUCCACUACAUCUUUGAUCGUCAGAGCACUACCAAUAUCUCAGAAAACCUAUACCAGUUGCUGCCCACUGCAUCCCCCAUGAAGAACCAGCACCACAGGCGCUGUGCCAUCAUAGGGAACUCUGGGAUCCUACUCAACAGCAGCUGUGGGCCAGAGAUAGACUCCUAUGACUUUGUUAUCAGAUGUAAUCUGGCGCCAGUGGAGGAGUAUGCUGGGGAUGUGGGGCGGCGCACCAACCUGGUGACCAUGAACCCGUCGGUGGUGCAGCGGGCCUUCCAGGACCUGGCCAGUGAGGAGUGGAGGGAGCGCUUCCUGCAGCGGCUCCGGGGCCUCAGCGGCAGCGUGCUGUGGAUCCCAGCCUUCAUGGCCAAGGGAGGAGAGGAGAGGGUGGAGUGGGCCAUCCGUCUCAUCCUGCUGCACACGGUGGAUGUGCACACCGCCUUCCCCUCACUGCGCCUUCUCCAUGCUGUCAGAGGGUAUUGGCUGACCAACAACAUCCAGAUAAAGAGACCCACUACUGGUCUACUGAUGUACACCAUGGCCACUCGCUUCUGUGAGGAGAUCCACCUGUACGGUUUCUGGCCUUUCCCUCAGGAUUCACAGGGGAAACCAGUGAAGUACCAUUACUAUGACACUCUGACCUACGAGUACACGUCCCAUGCUAGUCCGCACACCAUGCCACUGGAGUUCAGGACCCUGAGUUCACUCCACAGACAGGGGGCGCUGCGUCUCCACACUGGCUCUUGUGGUGUAGGAACAUAAUCUAAAAACACAGCAAGGAAUGUACUGUAUGUCUCCAUCAAAAUGACCCUUACGCUUUUGGGAAAAUACCUCCUGCUCAGUUGAUGUCUGUCAGACACGGACAUCUCAGAGGAAAUACUAUCUGUAUUAAACUCUAGGACAUUUUUAUGUAGCUGUGAAUUUAGUUGAACGACAGUAUGCAGGAUACUGCAUAUCUUAUUUGGGCUCACAUUGUUGUCCUACAAGAGAGCACUGAAGAGUUUUUAACAUUUCUACAGUAACCUGUGAACAUUUUACCUAAAACACACACUUUUUAAUUUGUUAAAAAAUAACACAUUUAUGUUGGUAUUUGCUUUUUUCAACAAGAAUACUUUUUAUUUUUACAUGGAAUGUGUUUUGUAAAAUGUAUAUAAUUACAACAUUUAUAAAAAACUUCCAAGGGCUUUGUGAUUGUAAAUUUAACUACUAAGUUAUCAAUAAUGUUUGUCUUGAUAUUUUUGUAAUUAUUCCUUUGAAUUAUAUGAUAAAUCUACUUCAUCACUACUGUUGGAGACAUCAUAUCAGACAGAUCCAAGGAAGGAGCACCAGCCUGCAGAGCACUGAUUGAGCCACAAGAUGGAAGCACUUCUUCAUAAGGAAACUAUGAAUAGUAGUGCAUUUAGUUUUACACAUUUAGUUUAUUAGUGAACAUGGGUUCAACUACAUGUGAUGUUUUGUUAGCUCUCACCUUAAAUUGGGAAUUGUAUUAUUUAAAGAGUAGCCUAAUAGUGUAGGCCUAGGUUGAAUGUAGUGUGUAGGCCUAGGUUGAAUGUAGUGUUUAAGAAAUAGCUGCAUGCAGCAAUCACUGAGAUUAAAUCACCAAUGUUGGAAAAGAUAGAAAAUAAUAACCAAAAUAAAUAACAGAUGUUUAAGCAGCUUCACAGCUUAUUAAAUGGUCCUACAGAUGAUCUACAGAGCUCUUAAAGCCACGGGACUCAAGUCAUCCAGGGCAGACAUUGGCUAUUAUUAGUUUACCUACUGCUUAGUCUGAGGCGGUGCACUGUAGUAAUAUUGAAUAGAGGCACUCAACUGGAAUGCAAAAUGUUUAAGCGAUAACAGUCAGACAGGGAACACACCCAGCUGGUCACACACUACUGUUUACACAGGAACAGCCAACAGCAAACUCUUGAACAGCAAACUCCUGAACGGUUCCCUGGGGGUUUGACAAUUUCUUCUUAGGAAUUUGCCUCUUAAGACCAUUUCCAAGUAUAGGUGUGUUAAAAGACCUUGUGUUGAUGUUGGCUAAUGCUGUGCAGAUAUUCAGAAAGUUGUGCUUGUUUUGUUGUUGUUUUACUAUUUGUCUUAAGAAAAAAAAAUCCUCAGCAAUCUACACACAAUACCCCAUAAUGACAAAGCAAAAACAGGUAUUUAGAAUUUUUUGCAAAUAUAUAAAAAACAAAACAGAAAUACCUUAUUUACAUAAGUAUUCAGACCGUUGGCUAUGAGACUCGAAAUUGAGCUUAGAUGCAUCCUGUUUCCAUUGAUCAUCCUUGAAAUGUUUCUACAACUUGAUUGGAGUAUACCUUUGGUAAAUUCCAUUGAUUGGACAUGAUUUGGAAAGGCGCACACCUGUCUGUUGACAGUGCAUGUCAGAGCAAAAACCAAGCCACGAGGUCAAAAGAAUUGUCCAUAGAGCUCCGAGACAGGAUUGUGUAGAGGAACAGAUUUGGGUAAGGGUACCAAUACAUUUCUGCUGCAUGGAAGGUCCCCAAGAACACAGUGGCCUCCAUCAUUCUUAAAUGGAAGAAGUUUUUAACCACCAAGACUCUUCCUAGAGUUGGCGACCUGGCCAAACUGAGCAAUCAGGGGAGAAGGUCCUUGGUCAGGGAGGUGACCAAGAACCUGAUGGUCACUCUGACAGAGCUCUAGAGUUCCUCUGUGGAGAUGGGAUAAACUUCCAGAAGGACAACCAUCUCUGCAGCACUCCACCAAUUAGGCCUUUAUGGUAGAGUGGCCAGACGGAAGCCACUCCUCAGUAAAAGGCACAUGACAUCCCGCUUGGAGUUUGCCAAAAGUCACCUAAAGACUCUCAGACCAUGAGAAACAACAUUCUCUGGUAUGAUGAAACCAAGAUUGAAUUGUUUGGCCUGAAUGCCUAGCGUCACAUCUGGAGGAAACCUGGCACCAUCCCUACAGUGAAGCAUGGUGGUAUCAAAAAUCCUUGAUGAAAUCCUGCUCAGGACCUCAGACUGGGGCGAAGGUUCAACCUUCCAACAGGACAAUGACCCUAAGCGUACAGCCAAGACAAUGCAGGAGUGGCUUCGGGACAAGUCUCUGAAUGUCCUUGAGUGGCCCAGCCUGAGCCUGGACUUGAACCCGAUCAAACAUCUCUGAAGAGACCUGAAAAUAGCUGUACAGCAACGCUCCCCAUCCAACCUGACAGAGCUUGAGUGGAUCUGCAGAGAAGAAUGGGAGAAACUCCCCAAAUACAGGUGUGCCAAGCUUGUAGCGUCAAACCCAAGAAGACUCGAAGCUGUAAUUGCUUCCAAAGAUGCUUCAACAAAGUACUGAAAAAAAGGGACUGAAUACUUAUGUAAAUGUGACAUUUCCCUUUUUUAUAUAUAUAUAAAUUAGCAAACAUUUCUAAAAAACUGUUUUUGCUUUGUCAUUAUGGGGUAUCAUGUGUAGAUUUAUAAUAAAAAAACAAUUUCAUAAAUUUUAGAAUAAGACUUUAACCUAACAAAAUGUGGAAAAAGUCAAGGCGUCUGAAUACUUUCUGAA